AUGCUGCACGCAUUUCUCAAUGAACACAAAGUCGAUUGGUCAAAAGUCAUCUUCAACAAUCUCAUCCAUGUUAUCACAUUUGGUAGAACAUCUCCUGGAGAUAUAUCAAAGAAGAUGGGGUUUGGAUUUUUGUCUAAGAAGGCGAAAGAUUUAGACGAUGACCAACCAAAGCCUAAAAGACGAAAGAAAGAGAAGACUUCGUCUCAUAUCAAGACGAAGGAAGUACCUGAAGAGCAGCCGAUACCUACACCACCAAAGUCAACAACGGAGCUUCCAGCCGAAAAGACGACUCAAACACCAUCUGUUCCAUCAAAGAAUCCAGUCGUUGUGGGGGAUUCUUCAGAUGAUGAUGACAAUAUCGUUCUCUCCACUCUCGGACAAAAAUCAACAGGAAGAUUUCGCUCUCCUGUGAAAGCAAAAUAUGUUCCUCCUCCCUCGUUGAAGUUGGAUGAAAAGACGAAAGAAGUAUCUUCUCAGGGGGAAGAUAAGGCGAAAGAAGCAUCUUCUAAGGGGGAUGAUAAGUCGAGAACAUCCAAGAAAAGGAAGGAUAGAUCUUCCUCAGACGAAAAUCCUCCAAAAACCCUCCAUCCACAAGAACCCAUCUCAGCAGAGCGACUUUCUCAAUGUUCGACACAAGAACCUGCUGUUAUGGAAACAGAGGUCAAUCACUUAAGUCUCCCACAAGAACCUGGCUUGCCAGAAGAGACGAGAGAAGUGAUGCCAACCCGAUUGUUGCUGAUGUUCUUCCCACAGAAAGUUCCCUCCCACAAGAACCUACCUUUGCAGAGCAGACGAGUGUACUCCUACAAAGUGACCAAUCGCACUCUCGGGAAAGAUAAGGCACCCAUUUGCAUAGAGCUUAACAAGCCACCUUUGGAUCCAGCCUUCGUUGAAGAGAUGAAGGAACUUCGUUAUGCACUUCUCCUAUCCAAGAUUAAGACAGAAUUGGAAAGAACUCAUCAAAAUGAUCCGGGAUGCAAUGCCAGCGAAUCGAAAGAUGAUGAAGGACGGGAAAUUGAUCCAGAAGAUGAACAGAAUCAGGAAGAAGAUGCUGAUGAUGAAAAUGAUAAUGAGGACGAUGAUGAAGAUGAUGAUAAUGAUGAUGAUGACAACAAUAAGGGUAACCCGAACUAUGACAGUGAAUCUCCUCUCUUAGUUACUGAUGAUCCUUUACUCGAAAUAACCUCAUCUCAAAAUUCAUCUUCCAAAAGUGAUGGCAAAAGGGAAGCAUCACUUAGGCCUGAGAACUCAUCAGCAAGUGGAAUGGUUGAAGCCUCCCCUCGAAUUGGAAUUCCUCAUGCUGAAGAAAUUUCAAAUGCACCUAUUGAAGACUUAUCUCGUGCUAUCGUCCCCCAUGUUGAUCACAUGGACGAAUCACCAAUCAAGCGAGAAGAUGCUACAAUUCGUGAGGGAAAAAUGGAUGCCUCACCUAUUCUUAUCAGCUCAGCCAGUGGUGGCAAAAAGGAUGCACCACCUCGAGAGGAACCAAUGGACACUUCACCCACCAACAUUGAAGCCGAUUCUCCACCUAUGUCUCCACGUCGUAUCAUGCACAUGAUGAUGGGCACAGUUCACACAUCCGAACUUAUUCACCAAGAAUACAUGUCCCUUCGCAACAAGAAUUCUCAAACCUUGGAAGAAUUAUCCAAGAAGGUAGACCAACUUAUGACUGCUCAAGCUCAAUCUCAUCCUCCACCUCAAGCUCAACCUCAACCACAACCGUCAGCUCAACCGAAAAGAUCUUAUAAAGCUCAGCUGGCGAAAGAACUUCAUGAGCUUCAAACUGCUGUGAACAAGGUGGCACGUCAACAGCAUGAAAUCAAGCACUCUCACUACAGUCUCAACUCUCAAGGAGAGAGUUGA